AUGCCUCUUAAAAUCUACCCUAAAAUUAUUAUCACGUUUAACUCCCAUAAUGCUCUACCUGGUGGGACUGGGUCUCGCUGAUGAGACGGAUAUUACGGUGAAAGGACUAGAGGUCGUCAAGAAGGCGGAACGAGUAUAUCUAGAAGCAUAUACCAGUAUACUCCUCGUUGACAAGGAGAAAUUGGAAGCUUUCUACGGCAGACCAGUGAUAAUAGCAGAUCGCGAAGCUGUUGAAUCUGGUAGUGAUGAUAUACUAGCCGAAGCAGACAAAGUAGAUAUUGCUUUCUUAGUCGUCGGUGAUCCGUUCGGUGCUACAACACACACCGACCUCGUCCUUCGCGCUCGGGAGCUCGGAAUUCAGACGAAAUCGAUACCGAACGCGUCAAUCAUGUCGGCAAUUGGCUGUACUGGGUUACAAUUAUACAAUUUUGGCCAAACUGUCAGUAUGGUAUUUUUCACCGAAACUUGGAAACCAUCGUCUUUCUAUGACAGAAUCAAGGAAAACAUCCAGAUUGGCCUUCAUACGCUUGUGCUCCUUGAUAUCAAAGUGAAAGAGCAGUCCUUGGAAAAUAUGGCUAGGGGCAGAAAGGUUUAUGAGCCUCCUCGGUAUAUGACUGUCGCACAGUGCGCUGGCCAAAUGCUUGAGAUAGAAGAAGAACGAAAGGAGGGGGUUUAUGGGCCUGAUAGCCUUGCGAUAGGCGCUGCGCGGGUUGGCGCCGAAGAUCAAAAAUUGGCUGUUGGUACCCUGAAAGAAUUAACUGAGACAGAUAUGGGCGAGCCUUUGCAUUGUUUGAUCCUCUUGGGCAAGAGGACGCAUGACCUGGAGAGGGAUUUCAUUCGGGAAUACGCAAUUUGCGCAGAAACAUUUGAUAGAGUCUGGAAGAGACACCAAGAAUCAACUAUAUAGGACCUUUGACGCCUCAUGACAAUAUGGUAGAAUGUCAUUUCUCCAUGGACGGCAUCGGAUGUGAAGUGGCUGUAAUGGCAGCAGACAAGCAGCGGAAGUUAGCAAGAAAGAAAGCUUCAAGAUCGUCUUGCAAGCU